GAGACGGCCAGUGAAGCGUUGAAACGUGACGCAAACAACGAGAAGGCCUUGUUCAGACGGGCCAAGGCCCGAAUGGCUGUUUGGGAUCUGGAUAAGGCAGAAGAUGACCUGAAGAGUUUGACGAGUAUAAAUGCGACGAAUACGAAUCUGGUUGAGGUGGAGAUGGGUCGAUUGAGACGAUUGCGUGCCGAGCGUGAGACUGGGGAUAAGUCGUUGUAUAAAAAUAUGUUCCGAUAA